GUGCGGCUCGGACUUCUCAUUCCAGCACGGUCAGGCCGGUCGGGAGGGGGUUUCUGUUCACCACAGCGAUCAACUUCGGAAUUUACACGGAUAACUCACGACUUUUUUUUAUUUAUUAAUAAGUAACCGUCUACCUAUCUCGACGACAAACCGUGUCCUCGACGUUGCCAUUUGUACAGAAACGGGUUUAAAACCAAGUUAAAGCAGCUGAACCGGGGUCGCGCUAACAAAGAAAAUCCUUUCUCUUCAGAAAUAAUCCCCCACUACUCUCUUUAGUUAUGAGUCAUGUGGUCGUUGAUAAUCCACACGGUCUAGAUCAGCAGCUUGCUGCCCUAGACUUGAACUCUGCUGACGGACAAGGCGGAGGAAGACGUUACAUUCCACCUCACUUGAGGAACAAAGAUGGUCCCAGAAACGCAGGAAAUGCUUAUUCCGCUGGUAGACAGUGCGGUUAUUCAGUGGCACCAGUAAAGUUCUACUCGCCUGGAUGGGACGGCGGACGCAGCAACGGAUUUGUGAAUGGUUACCACGACAACCGUGCAAACGGGGGCUAUGGAGGGCGCGGACCCCCUCGCAAUGAUAGAGGAUUUGGUGGGUACGACAACAAAGAGGGCGGCUGGGGAGGACCCUCCAGGGACGCCGCCUACAACAGCUUCGGGGGACGUUCUGACAGGAACAAGUCCAACUUCUUCAAUGACCGCGGCUCCGGCUCCAGGGGGAGAUACGACCGUGGCAACUUCUCCGCCGGAGGAGGAAACAGUCGCUGGGCGGAGGACAUCAGAGAGGACGACUGGUCAAAGCCCACCGCUCCCAACGAGCGCCUGGAACAUGAGCUCUUCUCUGGAAGCAACACUGGCAUCAACUUUGAGAAGUACGACGAUAUUCCAGUGGAGGCGACUGGAAGCAACUGCCCGCCUCACAUCGAGAGCUUCCACGAUGUGGACAUGGGGGAGAUCAUCAUGGGUAACAUCACCCUGAGUCGCUACACUCGGCCCACUCCGGUCCAGAAGCACGCCAUCCCCAUCAUCAAGUCCAAGAGAGACCUGAUGGCCUGUGCCCAGACGGGUUCUGGUAAAACCGCCGCCUUCCUGCUCCCAGUGCUGAGUCAGAUCUACAGCGACGGGCCGGGAGCCGCCCUGCAGGCUGCCAAGAACAGCGGACAGGAGAACGGCCGGUACGGCCGCCGUAAGCAGUACCCGCUGUCCCUGGUCCUGGCUCCCACCAGAGAGCUCGCUCUGCAGAUCUACGACGAGGCCAGGAAGUUUGCCUACCGCUCUCGUGUGCGCCCCUGUGUGGUGUAUGGCGGCGCCGACAUCGGCCAGCAGAUCCGGGACCUGGAGAGGGGCUGCCACCUGCUGGUGGCCACGCCCGGCCGUCUGGUCGACAUGAUGGAGAGGGGCAAGAUCGGUCUGGACUACUGCAACUACCUGGUCCUGGACGAGGCCGACCGCAUGCUGGACAUGGGCUUCGAGCCGCAGAUCAGACGCAUCGUGGAGCAGGACACCAUGCCGCCCAAAGGCAUCCGCCAGACCAUGAUGUUCAGCGCCACGUUCCCCAAAGAAAUCCAGAUUCUGGCUCGGGACUUCCUGGAGGACUACAUCUUCCUGGCAGUGGGCCGCGUCGGCUCCACCUCAGAAAACAUCACCCAGAAGGUGGUGUGGGUGGAGGAGACCGACAAGAGGUCCUUCCUCCUCGACCUGCUCAAUGCCACAGUUAUUCCCAGUGAGGUUCAGGAAAAUGUGACAGAGGCCCCAGAGAAACCAGGCUGCGCAGGCAAAGACUCGCUGACUCUGGUGUUUGUGGAAACCAAGAAGGGAGCCGACGCUCUGGAGGACUUCCUGUACCGAGAAGGCUACGCCUGCACCAGCAUCCACGGAGACCGAUCCCAGAGGGACCGCGAGGAGGCGCUGCACCAGUUCAGAUCCGGACGCUGCCCCAUCCUGGUGGCCACAGCCGUGGCUGCCAGAGGCCUGGACAUCUGCAACGUGAAGCAUGUCAUCAACUUUGAUUUGCCCAGUGACAUUGAGGAGUACGUUCACCGUAUCGGCCGUACGGGACGUGUGGGCAACCUCGGUCUGGCCACGUCGUUCUUUAACGACAAAAACAGCAACAUAACCAAAGACUUGCUGGACAUCCUGGUGGAGGCCAAGCAGGAGGUUCCCUCCUGGCUGGAGAGUCUGGCCUACGAGCACCAGCACAAGAGCAGCAACCGCGGACGCUCCAAGAGGUUCUCGGGCGGCUUCGGGGCCAGAGACUACCGUCAGACGUCCGGCGGCUCCGGAGGCUUCGGAGGAAACCGUUCAGGGAGAAACACUGGAGGCCACGGAGGCAGCCGCGGCUUUGGUGGAGGUGGCUUUGGGGGCAACUUCUACAGCAACGACGGCUACGGGGGAAACUACAACCACUCUGGUAGUGUGGAUUGGUGGGGCAACUAGUCGCCAUAGGAACCGGUUGCCAGGCCAACCCAUUGGAAACCACAUGUUAACUUAAGCCAGACCAUAACAACCCUCCCUGUGUAGCUUCACUGACGCACAGUCCAUCUCCGACCCCGGUUCUCUGCCAUCCGCUCGUCUCGCUCUCCAGCGGGAGGUGCAGCACGACGCCGGCGGCCCGGCACACCAGCACCGGAGACGGCAGAGCGAGCAUGGACGCCGACACGCGUCGUCCGACAGCAACCUCGGACUCUCAUCGUUUAGAGGACAAAAAAAAAAAAACAAGUCUUUCUGUUCUUUUUGUGGUUUAAAAAAGGAAAAAAAACCAAACCAAUUAAAGUAACCUGAGGAUCAUUUGUAUGUUAAUGUAACGGAAAUCUGUUUUCAUUUCACCAGACCGACACGGCCAAGAGCUCGAAAUUAGUUUCUACUCUUCUUUUGUUUGGUGAAAUCUAUUUGAAAGGUAACCUGAGCUUGGACUGAAGCAAACCUUGGCAAACACGGGGGUGUUGUGGCUCUCCGAGCCGCGACUCCAUUUGAACUUCAAAUUUACCGCAGGAACAUAACGUAGCCUUUUCUACAGUGGAACAGCUAGCGGAGCCAUUUGGAUAUUCCCACUCAAACUGGGCCGCUCCGCCAAGCAGCAGUUACAUUUGUUCUUCUUGUUUUUCUUCCUUCUUUUUAUUUUUCUUUUUUUUUUUUUUUUUGCUCACUCUAUCCUGGACAGGCUCCUUUUCUGGACGCGGUAGUCUUUUGAAUUAGCCAUUCCUAUCGUAAUCUUAAAGAAGCACGGAAGUCAUUAAGCUCGGCGCCGACCGGCCGCUGAGGUCGAAGCGAUCGAUGCUGGAACUUGUUACUCCGCAACUUUUCAAUUGACUUGACAGUGUUACGGCAGCUAGUCUGUUGGCGAGUGCUAGCUGCGCGGCGCGGGCGGCGUUCUGUUCUUUCUUUUUACUUGAGACAUUUUUCGGUGCAGGUGUUUGAAACAGAGAGAGAGGAAAAAAAAACGAGUCGUUAGUUUUGUUUUUUUUUUUUUAUCGUUUCUCUACAAAUGUGUAACAAAACUUUAAAAUAACAAAAAAAAAAAAACUAAACGGCCUGCCAUCUUUGAAAGUGAAGUUCAAAAUGGCCGCAUAAAGGACCACAGCAUCGGGGGAGGGGCACAGCGUGGCGCCGACCUGCAGCCACCAGGCCCAGAUGGUAUUCUACGCUCGCAAGUGUUUUUGUUUUUUGGUCAAGGAGGAAGGAGGCGUGUGAACUGAGUCGCAGGCUUAACUUAAUUACAAACGUUUUCUCUUUUCAAGCUGCGUUGGAGGCACAGUUCAUCUUAAUAAGAGCAGACGGGCAUUGGAGUGAUCACUGAGGUUUCAAUCCCACGGCGGCGGGGCGGGCGGGGGCGGGGCGGGCUCGAGCAGCACUCCGGGCGUUCAGUGCACCGCGGCGGCGGCGGACGGAUCCCACCUGCUGGGACGCGUCGGAUAAUCUGCGGCUUCGGCGGGAGUCUUCUCAUCGGGUGUGUUGUGCCUUGAAGAAAAAAAAAAAAACCCUUUUUGUUUUUGUUUUAAGAACUAAAAAGCGGAUGCACUGACGGUGUUGAGAACUUGCGAUUUGAAUGGUGCUACUUGAUUUCAGGCGUUGUAGGCCCUCGUACGUCGUGCCCAUCAAGUUUUACAAAAGUUGUUUUAUUGCACAUCUAGAGUUUUAUAUAGAUGUCUUGGAUAUGUGUCCUUAAGCUUCCAAAUAUUGUGUGUGAGGAGACAGUCGGGUGGGGAGGAAUAAAUCCAAACGCAGCUUGUUUACAAAGGGGACGGGUUCUCAACGUUUAAAACCAGGAUUUAUUUGGGACCAGGGGAUUUAGCAGUCGGGGGAAUUUAGCCAUUUGCACAGAUUUCUAGAUUCUACUUUUGCUGCUAGUUUUGUGUAAUUUAUUAAGCAUUUUUGACAAAUAUUUAUUUUUGUAAGCCUCAAAGUGAUUCUUUGAAAGUUUCAGAAACUUGACCAAAAGACAGUACAGAAAAAAAAAAACACUGGCACUUGAAUGUUGAAUGUCACCUGUAUGCGUGAAAUUUAUAUAUUUCGGGGUAGUGUGAGCUUUUUAAUGUUAAAGAUACAUUGGACUCGGUAAAUAAUAUCCACAGCUGUUUCAGGGCCUCCUCAGGGCCGCUCGUCAUCUCGGAUUAGAAAAUCUACUUUUAAUUGGGCAACAAAAUUCGAAACGCAAUUGAACAAACAUGCCAAGGUUUGUGCUUAAAGCUGUCAACAGAGAAAAUAAAUUUCCUAAGCAUAUCAGUGCAGAGGUGUUCAGAUUCUCCAAUUGUGUGCAUUAUUGAUUCUUUAUUCUAAUUUGACCUGGUAAUUGUUUUUCUCCAGUGAAUGUCUGGCACAUGGCAAUCCUUAAAGAAACAAACAUGUGGUUUAUUCUCAUUGUUGUAUUUGCAUAUAUUGACGCCUCUACAGUUCUCCUCCCACGUGGAGCAGGUCCGGUCCAGACCUGCUCCACCGUCUCGGAGAACCCUAGAGCCCUUUAGAUGUAGACUUUGCUUUCUGUAUUAGCGUAUAGGCUCCUGCACUGCAUGGGAAAUGACUCAGCCGUGCAAACUUGUAUGAUUUUACCAAAAUAAAAAAAUGUUUGAAUGCAAGAA